AUGCCCUUUGCAGCUUACAAGCACACGUCUCUGGAAGAGAGUCUAGAGAUGCUGGAGUAUUCCCUGGACCUGCAGAACGUCAGCUUCUCAGCGGUCCGUACUGUCCGCGUCCUGCGGCCGCUCAGGGCCAUUAACAGGGUCCCCAGUAUGCGCAUCCUGGUGACACUUCUUUUGGACACGCUGCCCAUGCUGGGGAACGUCCUCCUCCUCUGCUUCUUCGUCUUCUUCAUCUUUGGCAUCGUGGGAGUCCAGCUGUGGGCAGGUUUGCUCAGGAACCGGUGCUUCCUCCCGGAGAACUUCAGCAUCCCCUACACGGUGGAUUUGGAGCGAUACUACCAGACAGAGAACGAAGACGAGAACCCUUUCAUCUGCUCCCAGCCCCGGGAGAACGGGAUGCGCUACUGCCGGAGUAUCCCAACGCGGAGGGAAGAGGGUCUCGAGUGCACCCUGGAUUAUUAUUCCUACAACGACACCACCAACACGUCUUGUGUCAAUUGGAACCAGUAUUACACCAACUGCUCUGCCGGGGAGCACAACCCCUUCAAGGGAGCCAUCAACUUUGAUAACAUUGGCUAUGCCUGGAUCGCAAUAUUUCAGGUCAUCACACUGGAAGGCUGGGUGGACAUCAUGUACUUCGUCAUGGACGCACACUCCUUCUACAACUUCAUCUACUUCAUCCUCCUGAUCAUCGUGGGCUCCUUCUUCAUGAUCAACCUCUGCCUGGUGGUGAUAGCAACGCAGUUCUCCGAGACGAAGCAGCGCGAGAGCCAGCUGAUGAAGGAGCAGCGGGUGCGCUACCUGUCCAACGCCAGCACCCUCGCCAGCUUUUCGGAGCCAGGCAGCUGCUACGAUGAACUCCUUAAGUACCUGGUUUACAUUGCCCGUAAAGGAAGUAAGCAGCUUGUGGAGGUCUACCGGGUGGCAGGCGUGAGGAUGGGCUUCCUCACCAGCCCUGCGAGCAAGGCGGGGGCCAACCGGCACGCCGGGAAGCGCCGGAGCAGGAAGAGGUCCUCUGUGCACCACCUCAUCCACCACCAUCACCACCACAUCAGGGAUGUGUACACCAGCUCGGUCCACAACGGGACCAACCGGCUGAUGCUCCCCUCCUCGGCACCGAAUGCCCACGGGGCCCCCAGCACCGCUCCCGGCAACACCGAGUCCGUCCACAGCAUCUACCACGCUGACUGCCACUUUGAGCCCGUGCGCUGCCGGCCAUCCCUCCCGCAGCCAGGCCUUGGCUUGCCAAGUCCGGAGGGCAUCCCCAAGAACGUUGUGGGCAGCAAGGUGUACCCCACGGUGCACCCCAGUACCUCCCACGAGAUGCUGAAAGAGAAGAGCCUGGGGGAGGACAUCCCGCCCGGGCCGUACAGCACCAUGCACAAGCUGCUGGAGACGCAGAGUACGGGUCCCUGCCAAAGCUCCUGCAAGAUCUCCAGCCCCUGCACCAAGCUGGACGGUGGCUCCUGCAACCCCGAGAGCUGCCCUUACUGCCUCAAGGCGCUGGCAAGCGAGGCUGAGCUGACGGAUAAUGAGACGGCCGACUCGGACAGCGAGGGGGUCUACGAGUUCACGCAGGACGCCCACUACAGCGACCAGCGGGACCCACAGCGGGGCAGAGCCCGGACCAAGGGAGCGAGCCAGGUGCUGGCCUUCUGGCACGUGGUGUGUGAGACCUUCCGGAAGAUUGUGGACAGCAAAUAUUUUGGCCGUGGGAUCAUGGUGGCCAUUCUCAUCAACACGCUCAGCAUGGGGAUCGAGUACCACGAGCAG